CUUUCUUUCUUUGUUUCUGACAUAGCUAGCUAAUAGAUAAUAGCUAAUAGCUAAUAGCUAAUUGCUAAUUGCUAAUUGCUAAUUGCUAAUAUCUCUUUCUCUGAUCUCUCUCGUGGGUGUUGGAUCUUACGUAGUAGUCUGAGUAGCAGCUUUGCUAGAUCUGAUCAAAAUCAUACAUAAAUACACAUAUAUUGAUCGAUCCCAGAGAAGAAGAAAAAUUAGAGAUGACUCCAGCGAACUUGGCAGGGCAGUUCGGGGACACGACAUACACCAAAGUGUUCGUGGGAGGACUGGCUUGGGAGACUCAGAAGGAGACCAUGAAGAACUACUUUGAGCAGUUUGGUGACAUCUUGGAGGCCGUUGUUAUCACCGACAAGGCCACCGGAAGAUCCAAAGGCUACGGCUUCGUGACAUUUCGUGAGCCGGAAGCGGCGAUGAGAGCUUGUGUGGAUCCAGCUCCAGUAAUAGACGGGAGGAGAGCAAAUUGCAAUCUUGCUUCUUUGGGUGCUCAGAGAUCCAAGCCUUCUACCCCUAAGCAUGCACCAGGAGGAGGAGGAGGGAGGAAUAUAAGAGCAAUGGGAGCUGCAGGGUCGUAUACACAUAAUCAUACGCAGACUGGUAGUAAUGGAGCAGGAUUUGGAGUUGGGGUUGGGGUUGGAACCACUGCUGCCUUUGCCUCCGCACCAACCUUCCCUCAUUAUGCUGCCGCCGCCGCCGCCGCCGCUAUCCACCAAGGACUUCCUUACAAUCUUUAUGGGUACUCUCCCUACUCGCCGGAUUACACCUACCCUACGCCCACGAGCUACUAUGGACUGUACGGAGGAGGGACAACGCAGUACCCAAUGUAUGGGAGCACAGCGGGACCGGCGGGGGGGAAGAUGAGGGGCGGGUUCUACCCGUCCCUCCAGUUCGGAGAGGCUGGGACGACCGCGGCGGCAGCCACGGGGUAUACGAGUUCAGGACAGGGGUAUGGCGGUGUUCAAUACCCUCACGGCCACCUCUUUCAAUAUUCCUCAGCCUACCCAGCUCAGCACUACGCUACUCCCAUGUCUCUUGCCCCUUCCCCCGCCUUGCAAUCCGCAGUGUGCUUUGCUGUGCCACAGGCGUGACAAUGGCCGUCCACCAUGCACCAAUUCCCCAUCGCUAGAGAUCAUUCACGCAUCAAAAAGUGGCUCCUCUUAAGACUUAAAAAUAUUCAUCACCAUCAUACUCAUUAUCAGCUGCAUCUUAUACAUGCUUCUGAACAUUUUCAUGGAUCAGCAACCUUCGGCCUAACCAUGGUUCCUCCCACUUCCCCACACUAACUCAGAUGGAGGCCCAUUAAUGCAAAGCUAAUUUUUUGGUUUUGCAUAAUCGGGCCCACACAAAAUGCUCUCCAAAGGAGCUCAACACUGGACGACUCACCUCCAAAUUUGGUCACGGAGGUGUGUCUCUGUGUCAUGCAUUCCCCCCACCCCCCUUGCAUCCCCUCCUUUUUUUGUUUGUUUUUGAGUAAAAAAAAGGGUUCCACGCAGAGAACCAAAAUCACUUUGACAACCAACUCCAAAGCUAAUGUUGGAUUUAGCUCCAUCAGUUGGUAUGUAUCAUCACUCGAUUCAAUUUGUUUCCAACUGCCCCGGCCGGAUGGGGCUUUGGUAAUACAAAUGUCGGAAGGAAAAAAAAAAGAAGAAAGAGUAGAACAUGUGACACUACUAAUUAGCCCAUCAAAGGUUAAGCAAAGAUGUUAUAAUAACCUCACUUUGGAUUGCAAAUAUUGUAAAUUCAAGCCCCUCUUCACUCUGGACAUUAGUUAGUUAGUCUUGAAAAUGGAUAAUCCCCGAUCCAUCUUC